CUAUACAUAUUUCACAGUACUAUCCACCAACAUGAGUAUCACUCACCUUAUUCUCGUCGCUUUCAAGCCCGAUGCCGACGCCGAGGCCGUCAAAAAGGUCUGCUCAGGCGUGCUGGCUCUCAAGGACAACUGCCUCACCGCAGACACCAAAACUCCCUACAUCAAGUCUAUAACUGGUGGAAUCAACAGCUCUCCCGAAGGAUUCACUAAUGGCUAUACUUACGGCUUUGUUGUCGAGUUCAACUCUGCCGAGGAUAGAGACUACUACGUUAAGCAGGACGCUGCUCACCGAAGCUUGGUAGACGGCGCGCUUCCCUAUAUCCAGCAACUUUGCAUUGUGGAUUACACGCCCGGCGUAUUCUAGGUUUAUGCGAGAUUAUCGAUAGAAUCAUAAAUGUGCUAAAUUCCUAACACAAG